ACCCCUCAAUUCAAUAUGAAUCUCACAUCUUCUGUUAUAUUUAUAACAAUUUAACAACGAUUGUUUGGCUUAGUUGUAACAGAUAAAAUUAUAUUUUAAAUGUCGAGACUAUACGGGUAAUACAGUAAAAUUAUUUAUUCGUUUUGUAAAAACAACAUAAAAAUAGAGACUAAAAAUGCCAUUAUCCUUUUUUAAAUUAUUCAAUGUUAUGUCAUAGAACAGUAGUUUUCACCAUGACUUCCAUUCCAUCCAUCCACUUGCUCCAUGGCAAAUGUAAGGAAGUGUCAUUGAUCUGUUGGAUUUCCAACUAGGAACCCAUUAAAGAAAUGAGUUUCAUGGAAGGAUAUUUAUCCAAUUUAUUUUUGAUUAAUUAAAAGGAGAUGUGUCAUAUGGAAAUGGAAUAUAUCCAUAGAAAAAUAAUAAAAAAGCUAUCAGUCAGACAGUCACCCAAUAAUGGAUCACUUUUAUAAUCAUUAAAUUAGACCAACCAAAGAUAAGAGAAACAUCAGACAACACAGAAGGUGACAAGAGAUUGGAUGAGGAUGAGCCACACCCUUUGCCACUUAACUAACUAGUUAGGUAAUUACUUGUUGAUCUAACUAGUUACUAAUAAGAGAAGUUUGAUCAAGAGCCAAUACCUCAUAAUUCUUCUUAAAUGAAAAUCCAUUCAGGAUCGUAUUGAAAUUUAUAUAGGUUCGUUAUAUUUCAGUGUUGAAUCAAUGAUUUAUAGAUUAGAUUUUUUAGCGCAUUUGAAUUUGGACAGUUUUCGGUCAAACACUUUCAUUUUUACUGUAACUCAUGUUGUUGAUAUCGAUCAGAAAACUAGUCUUAUAGCUAAUAGUGUUACAAAGUUGAAAACUAAUUCUUUCUUUUGAAGUCGAAUUGCUAAAAGAAUGAGUCGAAAGCUAGCUAGUUGAUUCGUUUCGAUACUAGUGACAUUUGAAAUUUGUAACUCCAAAUUUUCAAUGUGAAUGGAUAAAAUAAUGUAGGUAUUUUAAGAAUUUUUUUAAUUUCUUACAUAAAAUGACGUGGGAUACAUUAUAUAUUGGGAAAAAAAUAGUAUUUUACAACUCUCACACUUUCUAGUUGAUAUCGAGUGAGAUUGAGUGCUAGGUCCAAAACAAAAUUUGGCCACGUACGUCCAUUGAAAACGAAAGAAAUUAUCAAAACGCAUGAAUAGAUAAAGAAUGAGAAAACUAUACAAAAAAUCCUCCAAUCCAGAUUUAGGAAUACCACCAUAAUUGUAGUGGGUCAAGAAAUAAUCAUUGAAUUUUAUUUUGACAAACAACUAACAUAAUAAUUUCAUUGUUCAUCUUAGCUGAAAUUUUUAUCCAAAUCAUCUAAAACAGUAUGUUAAUUCUUCAAAACUAAUGAUAAAAAAAUAACAUACAAGGUUCUAAUUAGCUACCACUUAUGAAGGAGAUAAACUCUAGAGUGAUUUUAGAUAAUCUUACUCUGAUUGCGUUAGUUUACAUAACUAGUGUAAACGUCACGCUUUGUAUUAUUGAUUUUAUAUGCAUGAUAUAUAGCUGCCAACCUCUUAAAUGGUAGACCCGUCACAAAUCAACUUGUCUAAUUAACUCGAGUUAGUGAGAGAAGGUUUAUAUCAUUUUCUAAUAUACACUCCUCAAACGAAAACCAACUUACUGGCUUAAAAUUUGCAUAGGCGCACCAUACAUUGUACUUAAAUAAAAUGUUAGUGUUGGAGGUAAUGAAGAUUUGAAUGCACGACCACUUGACCAAACUAAUUUUGAUAUCAUGUCACAAACCAACUGAUCUCAAUAACUCAAGUUGUUAGAAGAAUGUUAAUUAUGAAUCUUAUAUCACUCUCUAUCUUUCACACCACCCAGAGCUUGAAGAAGUGAAUAUUUUUGUUACAACAUAGAUUUUAGUUGUUGCGUGUUGAUAUCAUUGUUUUUAUUUUUCAUGUGUACUUUAGUUAGACAUGGUACAAUGUGCUCACUAGACUAAUUAUAUUACAAUUGGAUUUAGUGAUGGGGCGGGGUGGGUAUGUCAAUACCCAUGCCCUCCUCGCACUAAGCGCGGUAAGGUCAUAUAAUACACGCGUGGGUACGGGGUGUGGCGGGCAUUUUUAUAAGUUAUUUAACAAAAGAAGAUCGAUAUUUAACUCUUUUAGGAAAGCACAUGAAGAAAACACUAUAAUAAGCAUAGUAGAAACAUAGUUGAGUGAAUGUAGUCAAAAUCCCGAUUUUUCUCUUUAAAUUUUACGAUUUUACGAUCUUACCUAUGUGAUCCGAUCCUAAUUUUACUACUAAAUCUUUGAACCUUAAAAUUCCAUAAAAUCCCGAUUUAAAACUUUAAAAUCCUUAUAAUCUAUGAUUUGUACGAUUUUAAGGUUCACAUCAACUGAAGCAAAAUGAAGCCUAUCGGGUCGGGUUUGUCCCACAAACCGAGUCAAGUUCACUUCCCCCAACCCAACACACGAAUAACACUACUGAACAUGACAUCCCCUUCUCAAUUAGCUCGUUGUUUGUUACCCAUCACCCUCGCAAUUAGCCCAAUCACCAUCCCCUUGCAAGCUUUUGUUCAUCUCCCAAUAAUAAUGAUAUCAUUGCUCAAGUAAAUAGACAAUGAUUUUAUGAGGAUAAAAGUGAAGAUGAUGAUGAUGUUGAAGAUUUUAGAUAUACUAUGAGGUUUCGGGUUGCUUAAUUUUUUUGUUUAUCGUUUCUACAAGAAUAAAUCUACGAUUUUGUGUGUGUGUUUUUAGCAUUAUCUUGAGAAUCAAUUAAGUAAUAUGUGGUUGAUUGUUAUUUAGGAUAUACAUUAUUGUUAUUAUCUGAUAUUGUAAGUGACAAUUUUAAUAUGAACCUUAAAAUCUUAAAAUUUUAAUCUACAAUUCCGAUUUUACCUCAAAUUUCGAUUUUACAUAAAAUCUCGAUCUUGACUGCAUUUAUUGAGUCUAAUUAGUUGAUACUACAAACCAUAGAGAUUUGGUGACCAAUUUGUUUAGUCGCCACAAUUUUGGUGGUUCCUACUGUAAUUAUUCCUAAUUUUAGUAGAUACAUCAUAGGAGGGAAAAUAAAGAAAACAAAAUAAUAAUUAAUGGUGUAAUAAUUCCAUAAACACACAAAAGAAGGAAGAAAAAAACAAAACGAAAGAAGGAGGGUGGUUCCUUGUUCGCAACGCAUCUCCUCUCUUUCCACGUGGCUUUUCUGAAAAUGAGAUUUUUAGGUCAGGAGCAAGGAAUUUUUAGGUUCGGCGGAACCGCACCAGGGUUAAGAGUUCAUCUUUAGUCCAUCCACUUUCAUGCUUUCAGCUUUGGAAGUCCUCCAACUUUAAAAAGAGGGCAAUAAAAAUCCUUCAUCUUGCAAAAGUGAAAUUCUCUAUUGUGACGAGGGCUUGGCCUGUCCAUCGUACGAGUAAUCAAAAGAAUCUCUUCAACUGCGGGUGGUUUGAGUGAAGACAUUCUCUCUUAAGGUCUCGUGGAGGCUUUUAGUUACGAAACUUAAUUGAAACGGUCUUUUGAUCACUACCAUAUACAACAUACUUGGAAAAGCACAUGUGAAUGGUUGACCCGUCCAAGACAUCUUGCUUAGGUCCUAUUGGCCCGUUUCUAAUGGCAACAUUGCCAAUCGAUCCAAAUUUCUUACUACUUGACUACAUUUUAUGGUGUUGGCUUCGCUGUGUAAAUUCUGUUAUUAAAUCUAUGUAGGUUGAUAAAUAAAAGGUUUAGUUAUUAACUUAUUAUUACCAGACAUAUGAUCAUCUUGUGAAAUAACAUCACGUUUAUUAUUUUUUUUUUUUUUGGUCUCCUGUAACCUAGAAAGAUAUAGGUAAGGAUUCCAUGCAUUCCCCCAUUUUGAAGCUAACUAUAAUUUGAAUGAACCACAAAGUGGAAAGUCUUCUUUCAAAAAAGAAAGUCAACGGAUUUGAUUGUAAGAAUUUGAAGUUGAGAGACUGAAUAAACCAAAUUAUAAACAUUUAGCGCCAAAUUGCAUGUUGGCGCCAAAAAAGAAGGAAACGCGCACUUCCUCCUUGCGCUUGCCCUACUGUAGACUUUUUGGUGAGGAUAAGAACAAUGCCUCUUUCCCUCUCUUUCCCCCGAAACAAUUUUCUCAUUUCCAUUGACUCCACUCACCUCCACUUCCCUCUCUCUCUCUCUCUCUAGCCGAUUUUCUCAGCCGCCUUCACUUUGCCCAAAAUCUCUGCUCGCCAUUCUCAAAACCAACCCUCUCUUUACUCCCAGCUUCACUUUGUUUCUUCAGUAAUCCUCUGUUUUCUCCUCCGCCAUUGGCUCAUUGGGUCGUUGUUUCACGCUGGCGAUCGAUAGUCAGGACACAGCUAUCAAGCCCAAGAACAGGAGAAUCAUGGGUGCUGGAGGUCCAGAAGAAGAGAAUGGUGGCGGUAGGUGGCCGCCAUGGUUGAAGCCGCUGCUGAGAGAGCGGUUCUUCGUUCAAUGCAAAAUCCAUGCCGAUUCCCACAAGAGCGAGUGCAAUAUGUACUGCUUGGAUUGUAUGAAUGGCCCCCUCUGCUCUCUCUGCCUCGCCUACCAUAAAGACCAUCUCGCCAUUCAGAUAAGGAGGUCUUCCUACCAUGAUGUGAUCAGGGUGAACGAGAUACAGAAAGUACUGGACAUCACUGGCGUCCAGACCUAUGUAAUCAACAGUGCUAGAGUCGUGUUCUUGAACGAAAGGCCUCAGCCAAGGCCAGGCAAAGGUGUCACCAACACUUGUGAUGUCUGUGAGCGCAGCCUACUCGACUCUUUCCGCUUCUGCUCGCUCGGAUGCAAGAUUGUGGGGACAUCAGGGAACUUCCAGAAGAUCAGGAAGCAGCAGCGAUUAACUGCAAUGGGAUCGGACUCGGAGGACUCCUACAACAGCACCAGCAGCCAUAGCCAUGGAGCGAGGCAUUUUAAGAGCAAGUACAAUGGUGGCGGUGGGCACUACAGCAAUAUCAUCGACAGAAUCGAGAGCUUUUCUCCAUCAACGCCACCACCAACUUCGACAAGUUUCAGGACAGCAAAGCGCAGGAAGGGGAUACCUCACCGAGCCCCCAUGGGAGGGCUCAUCAUAGAGUACUGAAGCAAAAAAUGGUAAAAGAUUUUAAUUAACAAACUUCCUCAAACCGAAGAAUGGAUGGUGCUUGUUAUACAGAACAAACACAGAGAGAGUAGUGUAUUGUAAUUUGCUUCCCUUUGGUUUCUUUUUGGUGUCAACAUAGUAGUCCUUUCUCAUCAACUUGGUGGGGAAAGGGGCAUAAUGUGUGUAUACAGAAGCAGUAGGGCAAACCACAAGUGGAGAAUGGAGAUGAUGAAGUUUGUGAAGAAAAUAUAUGAAUGCAUAUUAUAGAUGAAAAAGGAAGGGGAAAUGUAGUAGAAGUAGAAGUAGUUUGUUUGUAGUGUAUGGAGUAGAAGACUAUGUUUGGAUAUAGCUACAAAAUAAUGGGUUAAGGUACCAAAAAGCAGAAGCAUAGCAUCUUUCCACUUGUUUGUUCAUAACAAGAAAGUGUAAAUAUAUACUAUAUAGCUAGAGAGCAUCUUUCCACUUGUGUUCCUGUUGCGUAGAAUGUGAUAAAGGGAUGUAUAAUGGUGUCCAAUUCCAAGUGGAGCAAGGACUGGUUUGGUUUGUGAUCAUGUAUAUAUGUAAUAAUGUGUAUAUAUAUGUUUUGGAAAGGAGAACCCAGAAAGUAAUAAAGGUGGAGCUUGGUAUUCCUUGGAAGAUUCGGAUUUCUCCCUCUUUUCUCCCUCCAAUAAAUGGGCGGCGCUGGGAAGUGUAGGGAAAUCCAUAGCUAUAUUGGAUUGGUACGGGAAAUCUAUUGUUUGCUUGUACUUGUUUUAGCGAUCAAAUUCGUGGAAAUUUAUUGUCUGUUUGUAAUUUUUUUUAGGGAUCAAAUUUAUAAGGUUGACGAAUUUUAAAAGUCUAAAUUCGUGUAUUCUACGGAUUUGUAAAUCCCACAUGGAAUUUUAAAUAUGACAUAAAUUCAGAAUUUGAUUUUACUUGUAUACCUUCAUAAUCUUUUAAUAUUUCAAAGUUGUGCUCGCAUUUACCUAUUGUACAUUAUAAUUAAUCAAUAAUUAACAACAAAAAAUAAUAUAAAUAUUCAAUUACUGUGCAGACAUGAUUUUGAUUUUCUAUGCCCGUUCUUGUGUUCUGGUUUCCUUUGACAUUUUCAUGAAACGUGGAAUUCCUUGUUCUCUCGGUUCUAAUAUAUGUUGCUAUAUGCUACUUUUGAAAAGGAGACAAAGAAUUGAUAACUUAUAUAUGCUCUGUUAAAAUUUCAAUGAAAAUUUACCGUUUAUUAUCAUUGUGCUUGUGGCAACAUUAUGCUUAUUAGUACGUACUACAUUUGUUUAGUGUGCAUAUCAUACACAUGACAAACAAAUAGAAAAAGAUAGUAAAGUAAUUUUGGACAUUUUAAGUUUUAAAUUCCAAACCCAUAAAUCCAUGAUAAAAUAUCUCAACAAACAAAGAAUUGUUACAAAUCUAUAAUGUCUCAAGAAACAAAUCCUUGUCUUUUUUUAAAUUACAAAAUCCUUAUUUUUAAAUCCAUGGAGAAAACGACUCCUAAGUCUAUGUUAUUCGUUAGUUGUGGAAACCUUGAAGUGACUUGUUAAGUUUUCGUGCUAGUUGAUGGCUGAUAUUGUUGAAUCAUGUGACCUGCAAAUCUCGACGUGUAAAUAUAACCUCGAUUAGAGGUGACUAUACGGUCAGGUCCGGUUAAAUUGGUCCGAAUUGAUCCGGUCUCGGUCCGUUCUUUUCGAGAAUUUGAGGACCGAAGGUUGGAUUGGAUACAGUCCGGUUUUGACCCGGUCAGGUCCCAAUCCGAUCUUGAUUUUAGAUUGAGCUUGUGGGGGGGUUUGAGUGUGCCGAGGCCUAAAAGGGUGAGGAGUUGGUUAGGUUGUGGGUGUUUGACUCUCUUAUCCGGUCUUUAUCCGGUUUCCGGUCCUGUGGACAAUUUUUUUUACUAUCUCCAAAUCUAAGCCCGAAGACGGGAUUUGAUUGUUUGCUAUCCGAUCUCGGUCCGGUCACUAUUCGAAUUAUACGAUCCAGUUUCGAGUAAAACCAAAAAAACCAAACCAAAUAGUCACCCCUAACCUCGAUGACUCGAUUCACUUUAUUAUUUUUAAAAAGGUGGUGUAGGAUGAUCGAUCUAAUGGUAUCUGCCUAAGGCUGAUAGCCCACUCCAUUUUAUCAUUUGCAUAUUUUAUCAGCUCUAAACGAAUGAUCACACUCGGCUUGAUAUUAGCCUACAGAAUGAUUUCUCAACUGUAAAAACUAACAAGUCACUAUAUACAAAGCAUCUUUUCUUUUCCAUAGGGGGGAAAGUUAACCCCUGAAGGGGGCCAGGUGGUGGAAUAAUUGGUUGACAUGGGUAUUCGACACGUGUGAAAUGGGAGGGGCGGUGGCCGGCUAAGGCAGAAACGAAGAAAAGAGAUUAGGGUUUUGGGGUAGGUGAGCCGCCGCCCCUACCCUACUUGCUUCUUCCACCUUUGCGAGGUUUUGUAAUUCUCAUUGUUUUCCUCAUUGUCUACUCUCACCCGCUUUCCUUCAAGUUUGGCGCUUUCAAUUCAUUAUGGGCAUUGGGUUUCGCGAAAAGAGGAGAUGGGAGAGACCGAGAGAAUUAGACCUGACAAAUGAGGACCCGAUCAGUUGACCCAACCCGAAACCGCCCGAAAAAUAGAGAAUGGGCUGAGGUUUUUAUAACCCGAAAUCCGAAUGACCCAAACCCGAUUAACCCGUAGUUUUUUGGGUCGGGUUGGUUUGUUGGUCGACCCGCUAGACCCAUUUCAUUGCAUAUGUCACUCUCGAAAUGAUAAAAUCACUCAUACUUUGGUGAGAUGUUUAAAAAAAAUUAUUAGGAUUUGAAAGACAAGUUUGGAGUGUUAAGAUAAUCAAACAUCAUUUGUUUAUUGUAGUACUAUUAGUUUCGCCAUUGUUUUUCGACAAUUUGUAUUUCUUUUCAUUAGCAUGGAAGGAGUUGAGCAUUUGUUAAUUGACAUGUGCUAGACAAACUAUUGUCGCACAUAUGUAAAAAUUUGUGUUCUUUAAAAAUUUAUGAAGCAUGUUUGAUAUUAUUUCUUAGAAGGCUCAUGACCCGAAAUGACCUGAAACUCGACCCGAAACAAAAUGGGUUGGGUCAAUUUUUGACCCGAAAUAAGCAAACCCAUCAUGACCCGACCCACGAAGACCCCUAACCCGAGAUUCCCAACCUGAAAUUACCCAACCCGACCCGAUUACCAGGUCUAGAGAGAACAAAAACAACAUACAUAAAAGGGGGUAGUAUUUUGGAUUGGAGGAAAGAGAGGGAGGUUUGGGUUUAUGGCAUUAGCCAACUUGGGGUGAGUAGUGGCUUCAAUUAUGCUUGUUGGAAGCAAGUUGUUAAAUCUCUAUCGAACAUUCGGUUGGACCCGAUUUGAUUUAAAUCGGGUUUAAAACGGCCUUCAGAAAGUCCCUCAGUCUCUGAGUCUUAAAGAGGGAGCAGAAAAGAGGGGAAAAAGAGGAAGAGGAACAACGAAAGGGAGAUAGUGGGUGGAUCAUGGACGAUAGGCAGAUUUAUUUGGUGAAAAAUAAAUUAUUAAUAGAUACAUGUAAGAUAAAUUUCAUUUCGGUCA